AUGUGCUUUAAUCCCACUACCCUUCCUCAAGCCUCGAUGCAUCCCGCCUUGAGGGUCGCCGAGAUCCGCCACCUGAUUUGCGAAGCGAUCGGGGCCGAUGAGCUGAAGGGAAUCCUCGCUGCCCUUGCCCAGACAUGUCAAGCCUUUUUUCAGCCUGCAAUAAAAGUACUCUGGGCCGCCGUAGAGCUUGGAUAUUGGCUACGGUACACGAUGCCAGAGGAUGUGUGGAAUGGGGACUGGUAUUUUGGGACUUCCCGUGUUCUGUCUUUGCGGAGAGACAUUGUUGUUCAAGACUGGACACGUUCGGUGAUUUACAGCCCAUUUAUUCGUAGAUUGAUUUGCCCGGCGUCUGGAGGGACCGCACUCGAUGUGGCUCAAUCGCUGGGGGGAAUCCUCAUCUGCCCACCCCCCGAGACCUGUUUCGUGUCGUUGCGAUAUCUCACCUGGCAUCAGAACAACUUGACGGCUAUGCGCCCGUUUCUCGGACCGAACUUGACUAGUCUGCACAUCUGGACCCCAUGCCUGGUGGGGACGAUCGAUGAAAGCAUGAAAUUUCUACUGGAAGUUUCGCGUCGGUUUUCCAGGACGAUGCGUGACAUUGGCUUUCACUUCGAUACGUCAGACAACCGAGGGCCCGCCGAUCUGAUAUCAUCUUUGUUUGCUGUAUACGCAGAUCUGCGCUGCGCGUCCGCGCAUGUGGCAAAUCAACAGGCUCUUAUCUUUUUGGGUGCGCUCCCACGACUUCAGUCUCUAUCUGUGACGUUCGUCACGGAUCUCGAGGAUUUUGCGACCCUCGCGGCUGAUCGAUCAUUCUUUCCCUCACUCCAAGCGCUCGAACUGCAAGCCGUCACACAACUUGAGGCAAACCUGCUUUUUUCAGCGCUGACCACAUCGCCGCUGUCAACUCUCCACCUCGGACUGAGAGGACUUGUACUCAACUCGGCUUUCGAAAGCCUCCUCGCCUCUAUAACACGUGGCUCUCAAUCGGAGCUGCGCCUCCUAGACAUCUCAAGUCUUGAUCACCGCGAAGACGGUGACUUGUGGAGCCUCACCCUCCUCACCUGCUCAUUCUUUUCCUCUCUGACGAACAUAUCCAUUGAAUCCCAUGUUGGUUUCGAAAUCACAAACGAAAGUCUGGGGACUCUCGCCCAGAACCUCCCCCACAUUGCCGAGCUGCGGCUGUGGGCUGCUAAUUCCGGGGGCAAACAUGUCACACUUCCCUGCCUUGCAUCCUUCGCCGAAAACUGCCGGUCACUCCGCACGCUCAAGAUCCCUCUUGACGCGUGUGAUGUCGCGUGGGCAUUGAGCAUACUGGCGUCUCGGGCAUUCCCACGCCAGCGGGCGCUGCGUGAGCUGAUGGUGCUCAACGCGGGGAUCGAGCGACCGAGCGACGUUGCGGCAUAUCUCAGUAUACUGUUUGGCGCUUUGAAGAAAAUCACGACAAUGGCUGAUGAGGGCGAUGAGGGUGUUUACGAUGGGGCAUAUGCAGAAUCAACGAGUGCGAGCUAUUGGGAGGAGGUGCACAGGUUAUUGUAG